CCUCAGUGUUGGUGAACGGGAUGAUCAUUUUCCUUUUAAAGAAAAAAAAAUGCAGUUUUCCACGGGAGUACCCCUUUUAAAGGAAAACGGUCGCCUUCUAUUUGAAUAUCCAUGGUCGCUGAUCACGUGAGCGCUAAGCGGAGUACCCCAUUUAAGCUUUAAAAAAUAAGUUGUGUAGAAACGUACGGUAGCUUUAUGGAUGACUAGCCGGCUGUCACUCGGGGCUGGGUAUUCACCUAGUUUUCUGCAAAAAACAAAAAUAAGAACAACCUAGAAACGUCAGUGUGCAGGCAGCGAACUCCCAGCUCUACAAGGAGAGCGUUGUUGUCAUCAGGAGUGGGAGGGGAGGGAGUAUAAAGCUGAGGGUGGAAGACAUAACCAGGAGCAGGCACAGGAGCAGCAGAGCUGACAGCAUAGUCCUCCUCCAGAAGAGCCUGCCAUAGCCUGAGGACCAUAGUGCCCACUGCAGGCAUCCUCCUCCCCUACAGAGUUCUUCUUCCACCAUGUCUUCAGCAGUCAUGCCAGCCAAGCAGUCUGCCUUGCCACAUUACACUGGUGUCAUAGAGGAAUACCCACAACCCAUCCAGCCCAGAACCCUGAGAGGCAAGGGCAAGCUGAGGAGGCCCAGGCAGACCAGGUUCAAGACUCAACCGGUCACCUUCGAUGAGAUCCAGGAGGUGGAAGAAGAAGGGUUGUCCCCUACCGAGGAGGAGAAAGCCAGAAAAUCCUUCCUGCAGUCCCUGGAGAGUCUGAGGAGAAGCUCCCAUAACAUGCACCUCCAGAAGGACAAACUGUGCAGCUCCAAGCUGAGGCAUAGCCUGGACUCCAGCGACUCGGACUCCACACAGUGACUAGACCUGGUGCCCACCAGUGCCCAUGGGACAAACAAAGGGUUAAACUAUUGCCUCCCUUCAGCUCUAAAUCUGAGCGGCUCAGCUGGGGACCACUAGAGGGCGCAGCAGGUAGGAGCCUAUACCUGACUAUGGCCUGUACCUGUGGGGCUGGGAUGUCUCUGACCAGGACCUUUUUUUGGCACUGCAGGAGUUAACCAGACUUUUUUUUUUGUGUUGGGACUGUGUUGUCUCCGAUGGAUACGAAAGGGUUAAGCGACCAGCUGCUGAUCAUACCCCCAUAACUAAGGGAUGGGGGAAGACAAGUGUGGCCAUGGACCUGCUCUAUAAUCCGCCCACCCCCCCCCCGGAACAGAUUUGCACUCUCCGCCUCUUUCCAAGAAGGCAAGAAGGGGUUAAAUAAUAAUAUUUUUUUGAUGAUGACGACGACAACCGAUACAAUGGAUACUAUUUAUUUUUGCACCCUCACUGCUCUUCUCUUCGCCUUGUUACAUUUUCUAUUCGUAUAAAAGUUCUAUAUAUUUACAGUUAUUACUAUAUAUAUAUUUUAAAUAAACACAAUUGC